UAAACAUUAGUACAAUAGCGAUGUCUGUACCUAUCGUUAAGUUAAAUAACGGAGAAGAAAUACCUGCACUUGGCUUAGGUACCUGGAAGUCUCCUCCAGAAAAGGUAACUCAGGCUGUAAAAGAUGCGAUCGAUAUUGGCUACCGCCACAUAGACUGCGCUUUUGCCUAUGGAAACGAAGAGCAAGUGGGCGCAGGUAUUUCUGCAAAAAUUUUGGAUGGUACGGUUAAGCGAGGUGACCUGUUCAUAACCAGUAAGUUAUGGAAUACCUUCCACCGGCCCGGAAUAGUCGAAUCUGCCGUAAGACAAUCAUUAAAAAAUUUGGGUGUCGAUUACUUAGAUCUCUACUUAAUGCAUUGGCCGAUGGGGUAUAAAGAGGGAGAUCAAAACAUGCCAACAGGACCCGAUGGAACUGUAGUACCGUCACCGUAUGACUAUGUCGAUACGUGGCAAGCUAUGGAAGAAAUUAAAAAAAAAGGUUUAGCAAAGUCUAUUGGUAUAAGUAAUUUUAACAGUCGUCAAAUUGGCCGCCUUCUUGAGAAAGCAAGCGUUGUUCCGGCAGUAAAUCAAGUCGAAUGUCAUCCCUAUUUAAACCAAAGACAGCUGAUUGACUAUUGCAAUUCCAAAGGGAUAAAAAUAACGGCUUAUAGCCCUUUAGCAUCUCCGGGUCGCCAGGGCAUUAAUCCAGAGGAUCCAGUUUUGUUAAAAGACCUACGGCUGGAGGUGAUCGCAAAGAAAUAUAGCAAAACACCAGCACAAGUGGUAAUAAAAUAUCAGAUCCAAAGGGGCAACAUAGUCAUCCCAAAAUCAGUGACUAAAUCUAGAAUUCAAGAAAAUUUUAAUGUAUUCGAUUUUGAACUUUCAAGUGAAGAUAUUAGUGUUAUUGACACAUUUAACCGUAAUUUAAGGUUAAUACGGCCUUCUGGGGCGUCAUCUCACCAAUAUUAUCCAUUUAACGAGGAAUUCUAAAUACCUAAACCUACUGUUCCAAUUAUGUUUGUAGGUAUAGCAUUGUGAGGUCUUACUUUGUCAAAUAUAGAAAUGAAAAAAA